GUCGCUUCAGUCGGUUCAUUGUGCUCCUGAUUUAAGUUGUGAUUUCUAAUUGUGCACACACACACACUCGCACACACACACACACAUGUGGAGUGUGUGUCAAUGUCAAUGGCCUGGACUCUUGAACUCUGAUUAGCUUUGCCUGUGUGUGCAUCAUGUGGAUAUAAGGCGGGAGCUCAGCAUUCAUGACGUCCCUGCUGGAGAUUAUAAUGCGAUCCAAAGCGAUUGCUAGAAAACUUAGUCAAGGAUCUAACGGCGACGACUACGAUCCGAGCGUCGUGCGCCAUCAUCAUCAUCACCAUCAUCAUCUGGAUCUCGGCGGCACAGCGACGGCCUUUGGUCCACUGCCGCCGGCGCAUCUGAGGCCCGAGGACACCUUCGCCCGCCACCUGCCGCCCACGAUAUCCCCGCCGUCAGCAGCGCUGCAGCAGCAGCAGCAGCAGCAGCAGCCUCCGUCGCAGCCGCCGCAGUUGCCACAAUUACAGUUGUUGCAACGGCAGCUGCCGCGUUCGCCGCCCGCCUCUGUCUCCGCCUCCGCCUCUGCCUCUGCCUCUGCCUCUGCCUCUGCUUCGGCUUGCAGCAACGGUUCCGGUUCCGGUUCCGGUUCCGUUGCCAGCGCCCACAUGGAGCAACUGUUCAAUGACAAGGCGCAGGCAUUCCUGCUGGAAAUGGCGCGCCUGCGCGAACCCGUCUGUGAUCUGGAUAUUCGUGAUACUGGCGUCUAUGCCAAGACACAUCUGCCCCGCGGCACGCGCUACGGACCCUUCCCCAUGCGCCUCUGCCAGCAGCCCAGCGAUCGCCAUCUGGCCUGGGAGGUGAUCGCCGGCCCGUUGUUCCAUGGCUGGCUGGAGCCCUCGGCGGAUGUGGCCACCUGGCUGAAAAAAAUACGCGCCGCGCCGAGCGCCGAAAUCGAAGAGGCUAAUUUAAGGAAUUUCAUAACCGCCGGCUAUCUGUGGUACGAGACGAAGCGCGACGUGAAUGCAGGCGCGGAAAUUGUGGUCGAUGCCAGGUCCAAAACCCCCUACGACAUUAGCGACAGCUUCAUGAACGGCAGCGCUGCGGGCAGCAGCAGCGGCGCAGCAGCAGCGGCGGCCGCAGCGGCGGCAGCCAUGGCAGCGGCAGCAAACAGCAGCAGCAGCAGCAACAACAAUAAUAACAACAACAACAACAGCGAUGAUCGCAGCGAUCGUGAUAACGGCUUUUACAGCGGCGACGAAUUUUCCAAGGAGAAGAAAAACUCCUCCCUAAAUAGCCAGGGCGACAACGAUUUCACAGACGACGAGAACGGGUUCGAUAUACGCUGUGAGGUCUGUGAUAAUGUCUAUACGGAUCUAGAACGCCUGGACGAUCAUCUGGUGGGCGCGCAUCAUUUCAAGCGCGGCGAAUUCGGCUGCGAGCUCUGUGCCCAACGCUUCUCCCAUCGUCCUUUGCUGAUCAAACACGGCGCGAUCGCCCAUAAUAACAUACGGAAAUAUUCCUGCGAGAAUUGCUCCAAGGUAUUCUGCGACCCAUCGAAUUUACAGCGUCAUAUUCGCGCCUAUCACGUCGGCGCUCGCAGUCAUCCGUGUCCGGAGUGCGGCAAGACGUUCGCCACCUCGUCGGGUCUGAAGCAGCAUCAGCACAUCCACUCGUCGGUGAAGCCGUUCGCCUGCGAGGUCUGCUUCAAGGCCUACACCCAGUUUUCGAACCUGUGCCGGCACAAGCGCAUGCACGCCGACUGUCGCAUGCAGAUCAAGUGCAAGAAGUGCAACACCAGCUUCAGCACGGUCACCUCCCUCUCCAAGCACAAGAAGUUCUGCGACAGCUCCCACAGCUUUCCCACACAGCAGUCGACCAGUCGACUCCAGCACCACCACCAGCAGCAGCAGCAGCAGCAGCAGUCGGCGCAUCAUCCGCAUCAUCCGCAUCAUCAUCAGCAGCAGCAGCAGGCUCCGCCGCCGCCGCAGUUACUUUUGCCGCCAGGUGCUCAUCAGCGUCUCGCCGCUGCCGCCGCCGCAGCCGCUGCCAGCAGCAGCAGCAGCAGCAGCGAACCGGGCAGUUCGGCAGCCAUGGCCACGCCCCCGAAUCAUAUAUUCAUGAUGCGUCCGACGCCGUCAUUCUUUCCGGGCUUCCCGCACUACGGACUGCCGAACUUCUUUACGCCCGGCCUGCAGCAGACGGGCAGCUUCCCGCUGCCGCACAUGUUCUCCACCUCGCAGCUGGCCGGAGUGGACAUGGGUCGCGGCCUGGCGCCGCUUUGCUCGCCGAACGCCACGUUCCAGCAGCAGCUGCAGGCGGCCAUGAGCCUCAAGUCGGAGGAGGCGCCGUGCCUGAAGCGCGCGUCCAGCACGCCGGAGCGCAAGCCCAUCAAGGCCGAGCUGCACGCAUCCGAUGAGGAGGAGGAGGAGCCGGAGGAGGACCUGGACUCCAGCUGCUACCAGGCGUCCAGCAAGCAGCUGCAGACCACCGACUCCAGCCAGAUCAAGCGGGAGAGCAGCAGCUCGCAGCCCGCAGCAGAUGAGCAUGACGACAAUGACAAUGACAGGAAAUCCAUAGACAUCAUCAGCACGCCGCCGCCCGCGGAAACGGACCUGGAUAACGAACUGGAGCGGCAUCUGGAGCCGCAGCCAGAGCUGGACAAGAGCAGCGCCGCGGAGCUGCCGCUGGAUCUGUCGAUUAGUCGCAAGCGACGCAGCUCGCACACGCCCGUGCCCGCGGCCGUGCCGUCCGCCAUAUCCCUGUCCAGCCGCACGCCCUCGCCUGAACUGGAACCAGAGGAAACGGAGGCGGAGCCGGAUGAGGCGGAGACGCGGCCGCCGCCGGCCAAGCAGCUGAAGCACAGCUCCGGCGAGUCGUCCACCUCGCGCCAGUCCUACAAGGGCAGCUGCCGCAGCACGCCCAGCGUGAGCGCCUCGCCGGGACCCACGCCCUCGCCCUCGCCGCCCAUCAGCAGCAACGGCGGCGAGCUGAGCAGCAUGUCCGAGAGUGCCGCUGCCGCCGCUGCCGCUGCGGGCGCUGCUGCCGCCGCCGCUGCGGCCGCGGCGAUGGCCUGUCCGCGGCAGCUGCAUCCGCAGCUGCUACUGGAGGAGUUCUAUCGGUCGCGCUUCAACCAACAACCGUUUCAUUUUUUAGGCCAAAUGGGCGGACGGCCAGGUUUUGAGUCGAUGAAGACGCCAGCUGUAGCCAGCAGCAGCAGCAGCAGCAGCAGCUCGCGUCAUCUGCCGUUUCCGCCCGAGCACAAUUUCCACGAGGCGCUGCGUGCCGCCGGCCUGGCCGCCGCCGCCCGGCCCACACAUGCCGCCACUUCCGGCAGUGGGAGCGGUGGCAAGCUGAAGGAUCGCUACACCUGCAAGUUUUGCGGCAAGGUGUUUCCGCGCUCCGCCAAUCUGACGCGGCAUCUGCGCACGCACACCGGCGAGCAGCCGUACACGUGCAAGUACUGCGACCGAGCGUUCAGCAUCUCGUCGAAUCUGCAGCGGCACGUCCGGAACAUACAUAACAAGGAGCGGCCCUUUCGCUGUCACAUGUGCGAUCGCUGCUUUGGCCAGCAAACGAAUCUCGAUCGGCAUCUGAAGAAGCACGAGGCGGACGCCGGCGGCUUCGAGUACAACGAUUCGCCCAGCUCCAACGAGGCCAACGAUCGGGACGAGGCCUGCUUCGAUGACAUACGCUCCUUCAUGAAGGGCGUCUACACGCCCAACAGCCUCCAUGGCGCCGAUGGCGAUACCGAGGAGUAUGCCGGCAGCGACGAUCAGUUGUCCGUCUCCACGCGCCAGUCCGCCAGCUUCGACAAGGAGCUGCUGCUGCUGCCCAACAACAACAACAGCAGCAACAUCAACAACAACAACAACAACAGCAACAACAACAACAGCAACAACAACAACAGCAACAGCAGCAGCAACAACAACAAUCAGACAUCUCUGAGCGAGUCGAUCGCCGUGAGCACCUAGAAGAGCGCUUCGGCUGCUUCUUCUUGAAAACUCUAAAAUUACUUUAAAAAACAAAAAAAAACUUUACUUAAGCGUGCCUCCGAGAGGGAAAACUAAUCUUUAAGUAGUUCGCAUUUUUUCCUUCUAGAUAUUUAACAAAAAAAAAAAAAAAAAAGAUUAUAACAAAAAAGAAACAACUAAUUGUAGCUAUGCAAUCAAUGGAAAAAGACGGUGAAGUAAGCAAAAAAACAAAUCGAUUUAAAUUAAAACAACAACAAAAAUAUAUAAAAAUAAAUUUA